AUGAUAUCUGCUGAAAUACCAGAUAAAGAAAAGGAUCCUCUUACUUAUGCAGCCGUUGGGAACCACAAUAUCCAUGGUCCAUGUGGAAAUUUAAAUACAAGUUCACCUUGCAUGGAGAACGGGAAAUGCAAAAAACAUUUUCCAAAGAAAUUUGUGAAUGCAACAACUGUAGAGGAUGAAGGGUACCUGAUAUAUAGAAGGCGAGAUACUGGAUCAAUUAUUGAGAAAAAAAGUGUCAAAAUUGACAACCGUUUUGUUGUUCCCUAUAAUAUAAAUCUGAUGGUUAAGUACGAUGGUCACAUAAACAUUGAGAUCUGUAACCAGCAUAGAUCAAUCAAGAAUCUAUUCAAGUAUGUCAACAAAGGACCCGACAGAAUCAAAGUUUCUAUGGAGGUUGCAAAAAAUAACGAAGGGAGUUAUGGAUGCACAAAUAUUACAGAGGAUCAUGAAAUUAAAGCUUAUGUCGAUUGCAAAUAUAUUUCUGCCAUGGAGGCUAGUUGGAGAAUUUAUCAAUUUGAUGUGUACUAUAGAGAACUAGUUGUUGAAAGACUUCCUUUCCACUUGGAGAAUGAAGAAACAGUUGUCUUUGAUCCAAAUCAGAAUUUAGUCAAAUAUUUGGAGAGCAAUGUUGUUACUCAGACAAAAUUAACAGAGUGGAUGAAAUGUAAUCAACAAUAUGAAGAGGCGAGAUCAUUGACUUAUUCUGACUUCCCAACAUAA